AUGAGGAGAACAACAGAGCUCCUGGAUGCCGUCGCCAGCCUGAACGGUCGCGCCUUUGACACCGACCCGGUCAUCGCGUACACGCUGCUGGAAAUGUCUCAGGAAGAGCGGCUGGAAUACUUGCCGAUCUAUUGGACCAAGUUGGUCAAGUCGGCCCUGCUCAACGAUGCGCUGAUUACCGAAGCCGACGGUUGGAAGGCUGCAUCCGUCUUGGUUCCACCGGGGAAAUAUGUUGAUGGUGUCUGGUCAUUACUUUGGGCGGGCUUCCUCCCCGUGCUCUGGCGGAUCGGGUUCACAGGCUUCAAGCGACUUUGGACUGAGUUCUCCGGAAUGACCGAUAAUGCGAAGCGCAAAGGUCUCCGAGGGCAGAAAAGAUACUACUACAUCUUCAGCAUCUGUACCGAGCACGAGCAUCGAGGCAAGGGUGAGCAACCGGACCGUGUCCAACAAAUUAUUUACAUAUCACUGAUAUAUCUCGACACAGGACUCGCAAAAGCUAUCAUCCGAAAUCACCAGCAGACCGCACAGGCGGAGAAACUUCCGAUCUGGCUCGAGGCUACUUCUUCGGGCUCCCGUCGACUUUAUCUCUCGUUGGGGUUUGAGGAUGUGGAAAAGAUUGUUCUCGGGCAGGGCAAGGUCGCUGCAGAUGCCAGCAUCCAGCCAGGUGGCCCAGGAGUUCCCUUAUGGGCCAUGGUGUGGUGGCCGACUUCACCCCCAAGUGCCGCCUGA